AUGAGUCCAGCUUCAACAUCUUCAGUUUGCUAUAUCCCACCGCAGGCAGACGUCGUAGCCUCCACUGGUACUCCCAGAGCUUGCGACAACCCGCUACUCCUGUUAUGGCGGGAUAUUCGUACGCUGGUAUGGAGGCUCUACCUCCUACCAAAACUCUUCUAUCCAUUCUCCUCGAGAUAUCCCGACGAUGAGCUCUCCCUACACUGGAAAAAUAGCUUGUACCUGGGCCUCUUGGUAUUUGUCACGCUCCUCGAGACCCUUCUAUGCUUGGUUGCCUCGGUAUCUGCUACACUAUUACCUGGAUGGCUAAGUACAGGAAUUUUCGUGGCAAUUCUGGGACUGGUUUGGGGUUUGGUAGCCCCGAUUCAGGGUCCAAUGAUAGUCGAGUCGAGGAUAGGGGUUAAGGAAGCGGAGCCAUAUCCUCAUAAUCAUGAGAGGUGGAUAUUUGUCAAUGGGGUGAUGGGAGGGAACCGUGGCCUUCAGAGUAACUGUGCUAGACUCUCGCAAAUUUUUGGCCGUGUAAUAACGGGUAUCCACAACCCCACAGGCGGUCUCCUGUGGGAUGUCAUCGAGUGUAUUUUUCAACGGUCCUUCUCUUACAACACAUACAGCACGCGUUAUGCAUAUGACCACCUCAAACGCUGCUUGACGGACGCCAGCGUGCACAAAGUGAUACUAAUCGGCCACUCACAGGGUGGCAUAAUCGUCUCCAUGGUGCUAGAUCUGCUAUUCAACGAUCUCCCGGUUGAAAACAUGGCCAAGCUCGAAGUGUACACAUUUGCCUGCGCUGCAAGCCAUUUCAACAACCCACUGCGUGCGAUUCGGCCUAAUUCGCCCUCACAGCGGUCUGCGGUCAUCCAGUACAUUGAGCACUACGUCAAUGAGGAGGAUCUCGUUCCGCGAUGGGGAGUCAUGUAUAAUGUCCGCUGUUCCAGGACGCGAUAUUGUGGUAAAGUGUUCAUUCGUAAUGGGGCGACGGGCCAUAUGCUUAACCAGCAUUAUCUAAAUAAUAUAUUUCCCCUGGACAAUCCAGAUGGCGAUCCUGGGACCAAGUGUUUUCUAGACCAGGAAGUUAUGGUUGAUGAAUGUACUUGUCGGAAACGAGAGGUUCAUUCGGCUACUGCUGCUGCUGCAAUCACUUCGGAUAACUCGAUAUGCCAUGACUCAUCUUCAUCUUCGCAAAGUGAUUCAGGUGUUGAGAUUGUAUCAGCGGGUAAUGGGAAUGGUAUUUGUCCGGAUGACCCCAGCAACGGCAAAAAUGGAGCUGGUAUGACUGUUCGAGAGCUCAGUCGUUUGUGGAGAUAUCUAGAUGGUGCAGAUCCGGAUGCGCAUGAGACGCCCAUGAUGAAUUGA